AUGUCAAACUCAAAAGCAAACUCAUCCAACUUGAAGGACCAAGUUGCCGCCGCGGACGAGCAACUACUCGCUGAUCUUGGAUACAAGCAAGAAUUUUUAAGGGCAUUCACACCAAUACAGGUUUUUGGCAUUGCAUUCAGUAUUAUUGGUCUAUUACCUUCCAUUGCCUCAGUUCUGUUCUAUGCGAUCCCAAAUGGCGGACCUUCUGCAAUGGUUUGGGGUUGGGCAGUCGCAAGCCUAUUUAUUUUAUUUGUUGGUAUGUCCAUGGGUGAACUCGGAUCAGCUGCACCAACUUCUGGCGGGCUAUAUUUUUGGACGCAUUCGUUGUCCUCUCCAAGAUGGCGUAACUUCCUUGCAUGGAUCGUCGGAUAUGCCAAUACUAUAGGUACGGUUUCCGCUGUUGCUUCAAUCAACUGGGGCUGUGCCGUCCAAGUAAUGGCUGCUGCAAGCAUCGGAACAAACCAGACAUUCGUAGCGACAGAUGCUGAAAUCUUCGGCGUGUACUGCUUGAUUAUGGUUAUCUGUGCGAUCAUUUGCUGUCUCGCGACGAAUGUCAUCGCACGAUUACAGACUGCGUAUGUCAUUCUCAAUGUCUUAUUAUGCCUGGCCGUUAUCAUUGCGCUUCCUGCGGCUACUCCAAAGGAGCUGAUGAAUACUGCGAAGUUCGCGCUCGCAGACUUCACGAAUACGACGACUUGGCCGGCCGGUUUCGCUUUCUGCCUCAGCUUUCUUGCACCUCUAUGGACGAUUUGUUCUUUCGAUUCGGCCGUGCACAUCAGCGAAGAAGCCUCAAACGCUGCAACCGCGGUACCAUGGGCAAUUGUUGGCGCUAUCUUCGUGGCGGGUGUGCUUGGUUGGGCCAUCAACGUCGCGCUUGCGUUCUGCAUGGGCACAGAUCUGGACGCGAUCAUGAAUAACGAAAUUGGUCAGCCAAUGGCAACAAUAUUUUUUAAUAGCUUUGGACAACGUGGAACGCUGGCAUUGUGGGCUUUCGUUGUGAUCGUUCAAUUCUUUAUGGGUACAUCCAUGCUUCUUGCGUCCAGCCGUCAAGUCUUUGCAUUCUCUCGCGACGGAGCUCUACCCUUCUCGCAAAUUCUGUAUCGGAUGAACAGUUAUACCCGGACACCUGUAAACACUGUUUGGUUCAGUGCUAUACUUGCAACACUGUUGGGCCUUCUCGUGUUUGCAGGUGCUCAGGCGAUAAAUGCAGUCUUCUCAAUUUCGGUAACUGCAUCAUAUGUGGCUUAUUCGAUACCGAUAAUCGCUCGCUUUGUCUUCGAGAAUAACUUUAAGCCCGGGCCAUUCAAUCUCGGAUUCUUCAGCUUACCUUGUGCAAUAAUCGCUGUCCUCUGGAUGGCAUUCACGUCCCUUGUCCUCCUCUUUCCCACAAACCCAGCACCUGCAAAUGCAGGAGACAUGAAUUACUCUGUCGUUGUUUUCGGCGGUAUCAUGCUCUUCUCGAUAAUGUACUAUUAUUUUCCGAAAUACGGUGGGGUAUACUGGUUUAAGGGACCUGUGAGGACCAUUGGAGAUCUGGAUCAUUCUGGAAGGCAGAGAGAUGCAGGCGAGCUCAAUGACACCAAAGAGGUUAGGAACCGUGGAGAAAAGAAGGAGCGCGGGGAGAAGGAGAGUGUCGAUGUUGAGUCGACUGAAUCGGCGACUUGAACAAUACGCGCUCAGAUUCAUUAGGGAAAUUUCGAGCGGAGAUGCGUAAAGUGCAGGGUAGAAACCUUCGGGAAUGAUGGGAAAAAGAAAUACAGAAGAAUAAGUUCUGUUUUAGACCAUUUUAAAGUAUUUACAUAAGUAC